AGGCGGGGCGGCCCCGACUGCAGCGCGCAGGGCUCCGCGCAACGCAGCGCAGCGGGCCGCGGAUGCGGAGAUCGGGGCGACCGAGGUACCGGCAUGGGCCCCCGAGCCCCAGGCCUUGAGCCGCGCAACGCGGCGCCGAACCUCGCCGAACCGUGCCGCGCAACUUGCGCCGUGGCCAUGUCCGGAGGGGCGAGCCCGGCCCCGGCCCCUGGGAGCCGCCGCUUCGUCUGUGUUGGUGUCCCAAUUAAUGGAUUCUGACAUGGAUUAUGAGAGGCCAAACGUAGAAACCAUCAAGUGUGUCGUGGUGGGGGACAACGCCGUGGGCAAGACCCGGCUCAUCUGCGCCCGCGCCUGCAACGCCACCCUGACCCAGUACCAGCUCCUGGCCACCCACGUCCCCACCGUCUGGGCCAUCGACCAGUACCGAGUCUGCCAGGAGGUGCUGGAGCGUUCCCGGGACGUGGUGGAUGAUGUCAGUGUGUCCUUGAGGCUCUGGGACACCUUUGGUGACCACCACAAGGACAGACGCUUCGCCUAUGGCAGGUCUGACGUGGUGGUUUUGUGCUUCUCCAUCGCCAACCCCAACUCCUUGCACCACGUGAAGACCAUGUGGUACCCCGAGAUCAAACACUUCUGUCCCCGGGCCCCUGUCAUCCUGGUGGGCUGCCAGCUCGACCUGCGCUACGCGGACCUGGAGGCCGUCAACCGGGCACGGCGCCCCUUGGCCAGGCCAAUCAAACCUAAUGAGAUCCUCCCCCCGGAGAAGGGGAGGGAGGUGGCCAAGGAGCUGGGGAUCCCCUAUUACGAGACCAGCGUGGUGGCCCAGUUUGGCAUCAAGGAUGUUUUUGACAACGCCAUCCGUGCUGCCCUCAUCUCCCGCCGUCACCUCCAGUUCUGGAAGUCCCACCUCCGGAACGUUCAGAGACCUUUGCUCCAAGCCCCUUUCCUUCCCCCUAAACCCCCUCCUCCCAUCAUCAUGGUCCCCGACCCCCCUUCCAACAACGAGGAGCGCCCGGCUCACCUCUUGGAGGAUCCCCUGUGCGCGGACGUCAUCCUGGUGCUGCAAGAGAAGAUCAAAAUCUACGCACACAAGAUCUACCUCUCCACCUCCUCCUCCAAGUUCUACGACCUUUUCCUCAUGGAUCUGAGCCAGGAGGAGCAGCAGGGAACCGCCGGGCAGGGUUUCGGGGCGAGCGUCACCGCCGGGCACGGCUUCGGGGCGGCGGGCGCCGAGCGGGUGCUGCAGCAGCAGGAGGAGAGGCACCACGGGAGGGAUUUCCUCCUCCGAGCUGCCAGUUUUGAUAUCUGUGAGAGCACGGAGGAAACGGGCUCCGGGCAGAGGAAAGCGUGCCUUAGAGCUUCCACCAGUGAUGGGAUCCUGCGGGGAGAACGCUACGAAAAGGGGGAGAGGGGGCUGCGGAGGGGAAGGGAUCUCUCCUCGUGGAGCAGGGCUUUCACCAGCAUCCAGGAGGAGAUGGCAGAAGAUCCCUUGACCUACAAGUCCAAGCUGAUGGUGGUGGUGAAGAUGGAUGCUUCCAUCCAAGCGGGUCCUUUCCGGGCUGUCUUGAAGUAUCUGUACACGGGGGAGUUGGAUGAGAAGGAGAGGGACCUGAUGCACAUCGCUCACAUCGCUGAGCUCCUGGAGGUCUUUGACCUCCGGAUGAUGGUGGCAAACAUCCUCAACAACGAGGCUUUCAUGAACCAGGAGAUCACCAAAGCCUUCCACGUCCGGAGGACCAACCGGGUGAAGGAAUGCUUGGCCAAGGGGACUUUCUCAGAUGUCACCUUCGUGCUGGAUGAUGGUGCUAUCAGUGCUCACAAGCCCCUGCUCAUCUCCAGCUGUGACUGGAUGGCUGCAAUGUUUGGAGGUCCCUUCGUGGAGAGCUCCACCAACGAGGUGGCACUUCCUUACACCAGCAAGAGCUGCAUGAGGGCAGUGCUGGAGUACCUCUACACGGGGCAGUUCAGCUCCAGCCCUGACCUGGAUGACAUGAAGCUCAUCAUCCUCGCCAACCGCCUCUGCCUCCCACACUUGGUGGCUCUCACUGAGCAGUACACGGUCACGGGCCUGAUGGAGGCAGCACAGAUGAUGGUGGACAUCGAUGGGGAUGUCCUGGUGUUCCUGGAGCUGGCUCAGUUCCACUGUGCCUACCAGCUGGCUGACUGGUGCCUCCAUCACAUCUGCACCAACUACAACAACGUCUGCCGCAAGUUCCCCCGGGACAUGAAGGCCAUGUCAGGAGAAAACCAGGAAUACUUCGAGAAGCACCGCUGGCCGCCGGUGUGGUACCUGAAGGAGGAGGAUCACUACCAGCGGGCGAGGAAGGAGCGGGAGAAGGAAGAUUAUCUCCAUCUCAAAAGGCAGCCCAAGAGGAGGUGGCUCUUCUGGAACGCCUCCUCCUCUCCUUCCUCCUCUCCUUCAUCGUCGGCAGCCACAGCCUCCUCUUCUUCCUCCUCCUCCUCCUCCUCGGCUGUGGUUUGAAAGCCCGUCCUUGCCCCAGCUCCAGCAUCCCUGGGAAGAGACGGAGAGGAGGAGGAGGAGGAAGAGGAGGAAGGGGGGGAUGACCUGCCCCAGCACCAGGCACGGAGCAGAUGCCACCAGAAGAUGAGGUGGUGGCAGCAGGGAGCCCCCGUGGAGGGGCUCAGGGUUGGGUGCCAGCCCCAGAGCUGCUCCUGGAGCCCUGCUCGCCCCACGCCGCGGCUGCCAGCACUGCAGAGCCCGAGGAGCAGGAGAAACUCAUGUUUACAGGAGCAUGAGGGCUGUGUUUUGGUUUCAUUUUGGGUUUGGUUUUUUGUUUGUUGCUUUUUUUUUUUUGUUGGUUUUUUUGGGAGGGGAACAUCAGCCUGAGGAAGAAGCAAACCCAUCAAACCCAUCCCGCUUCCUACUCCAAGCCGUAAGCAGAAGCUGGGGGGUUAUGGUUGGGUUUUCCCACAGCAUCUCCCCCCCCCCGAGGCAGCCAGAGCUGCUGAGGGGUGGAUCCUGUCCCCCUUUUUGAUUUGCAACAAGCAGGCAGGGUGCAGGGGACUGCAGCAUCCCUCUGUUUUGCUGACAAGUCCUAAUUCAGGGAGCAGGAGGGGACAGGAGUCCUCUCCUCCCUGCCUCCAACUUGUCAUUUUUUUUAUAAAAAGAAAACUUGCAGCAAAAAAAACCCAAACAAACCUGACAACCCAACCACCCCAAACCCACACCAGAAACCAACCCCAGGCCUUGGGCUUGGGAUUUGAGCCUGGCUUGGGAGGCUCCAUUGUAAUAAAUGGAAUUUUAAAAGCCCAGCGUGGUCCCUGUCUGUUUGGGAGGAAGCAGCUGGACAGGGGGCACCUUUUUUGCCCUGUUUGGGGUGACACCCACACCCCCCCCAUGCCAGCUCUCCCUGGAAGGACAGGGACAGAAGGAUCCAGCUCUCAAAUAAAGCCACUAAGAGGUGGCUUUGCCACUUUGCAUGUCCCACUUGUGUCCUCGUAGCUGCACGAAGGCAGCAGAUACCUGGCAGGAGAAAGCAGUGAGGGAAGGGCAGAGCCACCCCCCCGGGGAGGUUUUGUAGGAUUUUCAGGCAGGGAGGGACCCAAAACUCUCCUCACCCUCCCCAGCCAGGAAGGGGAAAGCUCCUUUGAGCCUGCUGCUGGAGCAAGGAUGCUCCCAACAGGGUCCCCUUCCUGCUCUGCAUUGCUCCUUGUCCCAGCUGGCCUCAGGAGAGCAUCUUGGAGUCACUUCUUCCACAUCCUCAUCCUCAAAUCAUGGAUGCAGGAGCAGAGCUGCAGCUCCAGCCACUUCUCACUCUCAUGUUUUCACCCUUUGCAGCACCAGGGAGCAGGUAGGAUGUGCAAGUUGGGGUUGUUUUUUCUUUUUAGUUUGUUUGUUUGUUUUUUCUCUUUCAAAUCUGGGCACUUCCCAUUGCUUCCAAGUCCUCUUUCCCUGGACCUGAACCUGUGUGUCCCAAAACUAAACCCUGCAUGUGCCAGGCUCUGCAGGAGCUCCCUCCCCAGGUCUGCAUGCUUGGGAGGCACAAAAAUGGGGGAAAAAAAGGUCACUGAGAGCUCCUGCUUUUUAGCACUUGAAAAAUUCCCUGUGCUACUGAUAAAACCCAGGGGGGGAGGAUGGCAGGCAGCUCCCAGGGUUUUCCUGGAGCAAGCAGAGCCUUUUUUUUCCUCACCAAGCAUUGCAUGGAUUUGCAAAGCAGCUAUUGCAACACAGAGCCCUGGCUCAGUGCAGCCAGAGGAGGGAGCACCAUGGCCCAGAAGCAGCAGCACUUGGCCCCCGGGGGGUCCCCACCCCCCCUGUGUGCUCAAGGGACUGAGAUUUCAGCCUCCUCCUUUUUUCCAGGUGGCUGAAGAUCAUGGGACUCACGGUGGGAGGUGUAAAAGCAGAGCUGGGGUUUGCUGCUGAGGAGUUUUUCCCUGGGGCAGGAGCAUCAUGGGUGGGGAAUGUUCGUGGAGCAGGUGCUGAGCUCCCCUUUGGUGCCCACUGAAACCUAGAACAGAGCAUGGGCAGAGGAAAGCUGGGGGAGGAAUAAAAAAAAAAAAGAAAUAAAUCAAAGAUAUCAGGAAAGGUUAUUUUUUAAAAAAUAAAAUAGAAAAAAAAAACCAAGCUUAUUCUUCCUUUAUGUAAAUUGAAAGAACAAACUGGCUGGGCCAGAGCCACCUCUGAAAAUAAACAACCACACAUAGUAAAAAAAAAAAAAAACAAACCUAUUUUUUUAUUAGGAAUUAAGGUAAUACCUCUGUAUGUUUACAAUUACUAAAUAAAUAUAUAAA